GGGCAUCGAUAUCGAUAUUCCCGUCACCUUCGUUGGUGGGAGGUCAAAGAUAAAAACGUCACCCAGAGACUAGACUGCCCGUCAUCUGCCGAUGCCAAUUUCACCUUGUAACCUUAUCUGGUCUGCCACCAUAGUCCUCUUGAUCCGACUCGUCAUUUCGCCGCACCAAUCUGGCCCACGUUCGCAUACCAUGAGCAGGACAGGCAUCAACAGACGAACGUCUUCUCAAACUCACCAACUAUGCCUCGGCCACAACCAAUAUUCCUCGUCUACAUCGCAUAACAUUCUGGGUUGCGUCGACGACCAGUCACCAGGGAUCGGCAAAACCAGCAGACUUUUGUGAAGCUCUGUUUGUCUUCCAUCCUGCUGCCCCAACAAACUGAAAGUGCGGGUUAUCCUAGUAGCACUUGUGGUACACCUGCAACCACUUGAUACUUGCCUCCGCUCCGAUUCGCAUAUUGCUUGCAGUCG